AAAUCACUCAAACGAGAGACUCAACUGAAUCUCUCAUUUAUGAUAUUCUACAGCUGAAUGCGCUGCACACAGGCCACCUCAUGUUUCAGUCGGCACGAUAUUCGAGAUAUCGCAAUAUAUUUAGAAUAUCAUAAACGAGAGAUUCAGUUGAGUCUCUCGUGAAAACCUAUUUGAUUUUCAAAUGAGUCUAUUUCUCGGAAACCAAAAUUUGUUUGUUCGAUUGUCAUCAGCCUAAACCAUUAUGAAUUCAUACGAAAAUAACUGGUAGUCAUGCUAAUCCCAAGAGCUACAUGCAAACAUUCACAUAUUGGGGAAAUCAAAACAAUCGUGAUACAAAUUACCUGUGUCAGAUGUAGGAACCCGGCUAAACUGAGUACAGACCUACAGAAGCUCAAAGAGACCGAGCCUAUUCUCAUUACACUAGGUUCACUUUCCUGACAAAAGUUCAAUGUACUCAGGAGUCGAUAUAUUCCGGCUUUUGGUUUCCGACUGCUUUGAGCAUCCCAGGCCGGUUGAGUGAAGAGCAUCCAUUUUUCUUGUGGUUAUUUAUCUCGAUGAAAACGACGAUUGUGCAUGAGCUGGAAUUCACUUUUACACAGUCCAGCAUAGUGAGGCCGUAUUAAUAUGUGAAGUCUGGUAGGCGCCUUGUUGUCCGACCAAAGGACGAUGCUUGAAUCGAGCAUACGAACGAGUACACGAAGAAUGUGUUCCUAGAUUUCCGCAGUUUCUCUUUCAAAUGAAACCUGAUAACGAGGGCGUGCGGGAUUCAAACACGGAUCGGUGGUGUCAUAUGUCAGUCAGAAUAUUUUUUGAGCUUUUUGUAAUCAGCGCUGCAGUUGAAAGCCUCUUAGAAGGAGGGCGCAAUUGUUUUUCCUUACGUAGUGUAACUUAUGGUAAUGUUUCCAUUAAGCGAAUGAGAUUCCCCAAGGACCGUUGUGGGAAGCUGUUCAUGUUGAACAAUCGUCCCAGGAAUUUUAGUUCAUCUUCUUGGUUUUGUCGGUCAGAUGUCGUGCUUGGAUCUUCUUCUGUUUGAGUAAGACAAAGCUGUCAAGAAAGUUGUAUUCUGGGCUGAGUGAAGAGGGUGAUCUGUCCAAUGGUUACCUUAAAUUCCCAAUGUAAAGUGGAUAGUGCAUAUGAAGUAAGCAAAUUACGUCCAAGACAGCUAUGUAAGCCACAGGACAAGGAGACUGCCGCUCUCAAUCGAACCAUAAAAGCAAUAAUUCGUUUAUGUAAGCGGCAAAGUAAUGAAAACAUGAUAGCUAGUUUUCGUUCAUUAUCUCAGUGGACUAGGUAUUGAUAUCCAUCUACUGAUGGUUACUAGCAAUCCGAUAAGUAGUUUGCCUAUAGAAUAGCAAACAGUAUCCAGGUUGCUGGGAGAGGAUUAUGAGGGAAGGCCGGGUUAAUUCACAUUUGAUAGAAUGAACAAACGAUAAACCUCGUUUUCGGGGAGGUGACUUGCAUACUAACCAUAUGUUUUGUCUCGCUCAGUUCCCGUUUAACCAUCUGGCAGAUUAAAGUUCGUUUGGCUACAUUCAACCAUGGAUUGCUGGUGCAUCAACACAUUGUCACUGAGUUGUUGGCCACCGCUGAAGUCUAUCCUCAACUUUGUGUGUUCUGUGCUGCUGAGCACUUUGUUUCGCUUGCUGAAAAAACUGCGGAUUUUUGUGUGGCCAACGAACUGUGCGCGCUAAGCAGCACAGCAGAUCGCGUGCACUUUCUGGUCGGCCGAAAUGUUUUCAUGAAUGGUCGGAUAACUAAAGAUCUCAAAACCAUAUGGACGAGUAUCCACAAUUUUCCACCGGUCAAUAGCUUCAUUUCCACUGUGUGGUACGACAGUGAUCCGCGAACGAAUGAAGCCGUGGAUAUGACCGAGUUUGAGUGGAGAGUGGAUCCGUUCACCCCUGAUGAACCUCUUGCUCUUGCACAGGUUGCUAAGAAAGUACUAAUUGCCAGCUCGCUUGCUCGAACAUCAACUCGUGAAGUGCUAUGUGAAUAUUUCUCGAAGUCUGAAACCAGAAUUCUUCGAGCCAAGUUCAAAGACUGUUCUGUGGAAGAGCAAGCGUUUGUAAUAAAAUUUGAUUCCAUCCCUCACGCUUGCUUUAAUGAGAGGCGGGAGAAAACAAGCGUAAAUGUAUUUCUGUCCUGUACAUUCAUGUUUACCUGCCUGCGCGAUAUCGGGACGGUACAAAACGCUGGAUUUGUUUCCAAAAGAUUGUAUGAAGCACACCAAUGUCACAUGAAAGUCCAUCAACGUCUGUGUGAUUCCUGUGGAAGUUAGUCUCUACUUUGUUCUAGCAUGAAGUAAAAAUAAACUUGGUUUAUG